AAUGCUCACGAGUCUCUGAUAGCACGCUUGCUCGCAUUUGGCCCUGUUCAAAUGCUAGCGUUUCAGCGCCGACCCGGAAAAUUAUGGAAAAUGUCCCAUGUUAUUAUUGGUUCUAUGUAUGUCUUCCAGUUUAUUUAAAUCGACACGCAUGGCAGCUUUCUACUUCCAUGCGUUCCUUCAGGCAGGUGCUGUUAGUACUGGGUGGUUAUCGGCUGCCUCAACCUCCGUCCCCGCCCAUAUAAAUCUCAUUGGGUCAUUCAUGAUGAAUUAGCACCAGGUCCCUGCUCGUCUGCUCAACAUGCAGUCGUUCUCCGCCCUUCUUUGCGCAGUUCUCCUCGCUACCGUGGCCUCUGUAUCGGCUUCAAGCUUCUUUAGUAUGCCCCUGACGAAACUUGCGCCUUCCAGCUCUUCUCUCGCGGGACUGCCUGAUGCUGAUCGUUCCCGUGCUGCAUUCCUAAAGAGCUUUGCUUCUGGCGGUCCUACGACGGUCCCUGCGUCUAAUCUUGCAUAUGUCCAGUACACUACCAGUGUGGGCGUUGGUAGUCCUCCGACGUACUACAACUUGGUCGUCGACACUGGUAGCUCCAAUACUUUUGUUGGAACUGGAACAACGUAUGUCCAGACUUCAACCAGUAUCUUCACUGGUGAAGACGUCAACGUCACUUACGGCUCGGGUUACUUUUCCGGCUUGGAGUAUCUCGACCAGGUGACACUUGCUCCAGGUUUUGUCAUCACGAAUCAGUCCAUCGGUGAUGCUCUUUCCUAUGCCGACUUUGAGGGCGUCGAUGGGAUCGUCGGUGUGGGCCCCGUCAUUCUGACUGAGGGCACACUCUCGCCCAGCACCAACGAGCUAAUCCCCACCGUUAUGAACAAUGCUCUCUCGCAGGGUUUGAUCACACAGGAAAUAUUGGGCGUCUCUUUCGCACCCGCAACGAGUUACAACGACACUAAUGGUGCCCUCACUUAUGGUGGCAUCGAUUCGUCUUUGUACACCGGCGAAAUUACUUACACGCCAGUCACUGCAACUUACCCUGCCGGUUACUACUGGGGUAUCAACGUCACCGAUGCAACGUAUGGUGCCGCCAACGACAAGACGACUGUUAUCCCAACUUCAACCGCCGGAAUCGUUGAUACUGGCACCACCCUGGUUCUCCUCGCUGACAACUUCUUCGAGUCCUAUAUGCGCGCCAUCCCUGGUGCCAAGCUCGACCAGACCACCGGCCUCAUGACCAUUCCUGAAAGCUCCGUCUCGAAGAUCCAACCAUUGAACUUUACGGUCGGCGGCACCGUCUUCAGUUUGGACGCUGCAGCGCAACUCAUCCCGAUGGACCAGAACACCGCAUGGGGCUUGUCGGCAAACAAGCAGUACGGCAUUGUCUCGUACUUGGGGACUAACAGCGGCGAGGGGCUAGACUUUAUCAUCGGGCAGAAGUUCAUGGAGAAGUACUAUGCUGUGAGUUGUCGAAUCGCCAUGUGGCUAUGUACGAGGUACUGAUUGACUUGCAGGUGUUCGACACGGAUAGUCAACAAGUUGGAUUUGCUUAUACCGAACAUACGUUCACCACCUACACUCCUUAAUAUGG